AUGCUAAUGGAGACGCUGGAGCGAGAGGUGGAGGCGCUGAGCGCUGAGGUGACACGCCUGCGAUUUAUGGUGUAUCACAUGAAAGAUGCCGUGUUUUCAUCGGCACCUCCAUUGGCAGCGGCCGCUUCUUCUGUGAAUUGCCGCAGCGGUGGUUGCGGCGGCGGCGGUGCUGAGACAACCGAUUCCGCAGUGAAGCUGAAGGCUAACAGUAGCAGUUGUGGGACUUCACCACCGCUGGGUUUGGUGUUGCAGGAUUUGACACAAGCGGUUGCACAGCUUUUGGCGGCCAGCAAUGAGGUGAAAAUGGCGUCGUCAGCUUUACGACAAGGACGUGAGGAAAAAAACAACGAGCGUCCAAGACGCCAUCAGGGGUCACGCACGCGGAAAAAAACGAAGAAAAAUCGACGUCAUCGUAGAUCUUCCUCCGCGUCUUCAUCAGCGCUUCCGGCACUGUCAUUGUCCUUGUCCAGUUCGACUCACAGGGCAAGCAAAAAGAGGAGACGAUCCCAUCGACAUGCCGACAAGAAGAAGGAUAGCAAGGAUUUACGAAGGCUCGAAGAAAAGAUGGGGGACGGACACAAUGACUUGCCUUCAAUCAAGCCCCGUAACAGCACGUCACAGGAAAAGGGCUUUCAUGCUUCCAAUGCGGUUGCUCAACGUCAACUGCAGAAAGAGGAGGAAGGCCAUGAAUUCAAUUGCAGUAGGGGCGAGGACAAAGAAAGGCGCAGCUCUUUGCGAAGUUCCCAAAAGGGAGGUGACCCCCUCACAAGAAAAACCCCUGCAGAGUUGGAAAGUGUGGAGAGAUCUCGCCCCCCAUCACUAGGCACUUCGUACGGCAUGUUGGCGUCGGCCAGUGUCCAAUCAGCGGGCGCUGGAGAUCCGAGGACAUCGAUACGGAGAGAAAACCGAGGUUCUUCUGCCGUGGCCAUCCCGGUACCGCCGAGGAAGAUGGACGGGCAGAGGAAGGAGGACGGGGAGACACCACCGUCUACGGAAGAAGACGGAUAUUCUUUUUUAACUCAUGGCACCUUGUCUCUAGGCUGUUUUGCACCCGAAAAAACGAAGAACGUGACACCAACGGCAACUAAAAUAACAAAAACGGAGGGGUAUGAAGAAAAAAGCAAAGAAAAAGGAAAUAUGCAGUUUAAGCCGCUUCAUAUGUUUCGUACACCUCCGACACAACGCCGUAAUUUGUUAGAUCGCUUUCGCGGUGGGAGUGAUGAGUCCAGUACCCCCGAUGAAAGAGACUCAACACCAGCGUCGCUUCAACAGGCUGGAGAAAGUGCGGCUUCACACUCCAUUUCUCUUCAUAACGCAGUGAAUAAUGCCAUUGGGUUUGCUAGCACUGACAAUGUCUCUAGAAAUAGUUUUGCGAUUGGAGCGAUACGCUCGAGUACGCCUGAUUCCUUUGGGGGAUACGGAGCUGGGAUGAUGGAAGAGUACGGGUUUGCUCUGAAUGAAUCCUUCCACGCAAGUCAGAGCGCAGAGAAUAUCAAUAGCCGCGGGCAUGAUGAACCGUCCGCCAUACUCACCAGAACGAAUGCCCGGUACCAUUUGCGAGACGGCAAUUCUACAAAUUGA